GGUCACGAGUUCUACUCUGCUCACUGCGCAUUGCACAGAUGUGUUAAAAUAAUGGAAAACGUCCCACGUUUGUUACUGACUGCUGGUGAAAGGCUGCUUUUGAUGAGGCUCCUCACACACAGACCUGACUAAAUAGAGUUAGAGAGAUGUGUGUGUCAAUAGAGUUUCAAAAACAUUGGCUCCUGCUGCAGUAGCAUCUUUGAAACUGGAUCCACCCACAUAUUUGUGUCUCCAUCAUGACGCUGGUGGGAGGAGCGGGCACUGUGGCGCGACAGGUGCUACCAGUACAGCAUCCAGUGUGACACUGGAGUCAUGAAGGAACAUUCAAGGAAUAGCAGAUAAAGUUAUCUUCUAAACAGGAGCACGGUGUCAUCCAGUCCCUGAAGGACUAAUGACAUGAUGCAGUCAGCCAGCUCAGAUGAAAUCCAGCAGCCCAUCUACGAAGACCCGGACGCUUUACUGCCUGAUGACACACAUGAAGCUCAACCAGAAAUUAAAGUCAAGCCUGCACCAGCACCCAGGUUGAAAUUAUAUCAACAAACCAGUAGCACCAGUAACAAAGCUGAGUCCUCCAAUGCGGCUGGAAGCAUAGCAACUACAGCAACUUCCAGUGAAUCCCCUGCGGGCUAUAAGAGGCCUCAGCCUGCUCGUCCUGCUCCCAAACCACCAACCGAUACUAAAAAGCAUGCUGAAAAAGCACCAAUCGAAGAAAGUGGUCAAACUUCAAAUGCUCAUUCACCCGUGAUGACUCCAGAUCUACACAUUGAACAGGCUCCUCCUCCCCCUCCUCGGCCUCAUCGUUUUUCAGCUUCCCACAGCAGUUAUGGUUCAUCAGCGAGUCAAAGAUACGAGAACACAUCAGAUCAUCAAUCCAGGUCUUCCUCUGCAGGCUCCACUAAUCUAACUCCUGUUUUGCCAGCUCUUUCUCAAGAAUCACCGAGCGAAUCCCCCAGCAACACGAUCUCGGGGAGAAACUCUUCGCCUUCACGGCCUCCAGAUCGGCAUAUUAAACAGCCUCCUCCUCCCCCUCCUCGGCCUCAUCGUUUUUCAAGUCCCCCCCAAUAUUAUGAAACACAGUCUUCAGCGAGUCAGAAAUACAAGAACAAGCCAGAAUGUCAGUCCCCACCUUCCUCUGCUGGCUCCACGCGUCUAACUCCUGUCUCACAGGCUCCUCAAGAAUCACUGAACGUCACUGGAAACAACUACAGUACACGGAACAGACCACCACAGCUUCCAGUGAACCCACCAUCAUCGCAUUCAGUGUCUGGAGGAUCAGUGCACUCUGAGACACCUCAGUACCUCGAGAUCCUUCAGGAUGAUUCAGAUGAGACGGACCUCAACGGGCUAUUGACCUGGUUUAACAGAAUGAUAACGUCCUCUGAUUCGACUUUGUCACUUUAUGGUGUCAGCAAAGAGGAUGAAAUGAGCUCAAUCAGUCAGAGAUCCAUGAAUGUUGCAAAGGCUUGGCGUCUCUACAACCUUCUAAUGAGUAAACGAAAAGAAGACCUGCAGAAGAUCAUCACAGAUUUCAAAUCCAUCUGUGAGAAGCUGAGCAAGAUCAAGAAGAACAACAAAAACAUGGGUAUUGCCGGAGGGACCACGGCUUCUGUGGGAGGGGUAGCUGCAGUGGUGGGGAUCGUCCUAGCUCCGGUGACCAUGGGUGCCUCGCUGAUUGCGACGGCUGUCGGCGCUGGCAUGAUUGCAUCUGCUGGAGGUAUGGGCGCUCACGCCGCUAUAGUCAGCAAGAAGACGGUGACGAGGACGGCAGUUGAGAAACUGGUAAAUGACUACAUGGAAGGCGUCGCUGAUCUGGAACGCUGUCUAGAUUAUAUUAUCUUCACAGUGAUGGAGCUGCGAAGGCACGGCAUUGCUAGGUUAGAGAGUGCAGGCGCUCAUCUGGAUGCAGUGAGGAUGGCAUACAUAUUAUGUAAUGGCAACAGCAAAACAGACAUUCAUUUGGGGAGAGCUGCACAACCAGGUGGGAUGUCAUCUGAGAAAUUACUUCAAGCUUUUACCAAGGAAAUGGAUCUUUAUUUUACAGAAAAGAAUGGUCAGAAGCUGAAGAAGUCAAAUAAGAGCAUUUUUUCGGGUAAAGUUUGCCUGCUGGCUGACGGUCUACAGGAAGGACUCGAUUAUCUGAUUGACAUGUGGAAAAAGUUAUCUUGAAUCAAAGAACACUGUGUUUGUCCGUUCGUGUGUGUGUGUGUGUGUGUGUGUGUGUGUGUGUGUGUGACAGAGAUGUGAAGUGUGUUUGACUUGACAUCUUUUUGAUUGAUUGAUUGAAGUUCCUGUACAUUUAUGUCACUGUAUAACUGUAAAAGCUCAUGUUGGAGUCACUACUGAAGUCCUGAUAACAAUUAUGAUUAAAUUAUAAUAAUUAACAAAAGUUAAUUUUGUAUGCAUUUAAACGUGUGGUACCA